CGUAUAGGAGGAGCAUGCCGGGUGUGCAAGCCGUCACCGAUGGGAAGAUGGUGGAACCUGGAGAAGCAACGUGCACGAUACUCCGUCCCAAACAUUUCAAAAUACAUUUACCAUCACAACCUGGCAUUAGAUAUCGGUUACCUGGGGACAACCAUAGAUAAUAAAUACUAAAACCAAGACUGAAUUUGAAGUAUUUUAAUUUUGGUGCCAGGCGCAUCUUUCAUUGGUAGAGCCUAAAGCGUUGAGCCAAACGGCACAAAUCGCAUAAUUUUUAUUCUCUGGAGAGGAUUUCUUGGUUGAUAAAUUGUUGACUGUCUACAGCUUAUUGUUCUGUAUAAUCUGUUUCUUUUGGGCCUGUUUUGGAGCGGCUGUCAUAAUGCCACGGAAUAAAAAGGGGAAACGCGGCGGGAACAGCUCCAGUAAGGGCUCACUUCGACAGGAAGUGCUUCUGCUGCAGUUGUCAAAGACAGCCGUGUCACGUGCAGGGAGAAAUGGGGUGAGAGGCGAGUCUGGUGUGAGUGAUGAUGAUUUGGCGUCGGAGGUUCUCAGUCACUACAGCAGCGCAAGCGAGAGUGCAUCAGUCAUAGAGGAAGCCACAGGUGAGGUGGUAGAUGAACAAACCGCUCAGGAAGAAACAGAAGACAAACUGAAGCAGUGCAUCGACAAUCUGAUGGACAAAAGUGCUAAGACCCGUUUGGCUGCACUAGAAAGUCUCCGCUUGGCGUUUUCUUCCAGAGUCCUGUAUGAGUUUUUGUUAGAGAGACGUUUCACCAUCAGUGACUGUCUGGAAAGGAGCUUGAAGAAAGGGGGAGGAGAGGAGCAGGCCGCUGCUGCUACAGUGUGUGCUCUCUUGUGCGUGCAGCUUGGGGGAGGAGUUGAAGGUGAGGAGGGCUUUAAGAUGCUCCGCCCCAUCCUCAGCUCCAUUUUGAUUGACAGCUGUGCCAGCCUGUCAGCUCGACAGAGUUGCGCUAGAGCUCUGGGUAUGUGCUGUUACGUGUCUGCCUCAGAAGAUGCAGAGGAUCUGCUCAAAUCUAUUGGUCAUUUGGAGAGUGUGUUUGUGGGUGCAUAUCCCCUGGGUGAUGGCACUCUGCCAUCUGUCAAAGCCGGGAUCCCUGCGCUCCACAGCGCCGCCCUUCAGUCUUGGGCUUUGCUCUGCACCCUUUGUCCUGCAUCACGCAUCAACACCAUUCUGAACCACCACAUGCCACGUCUACACGCGUGUUUAGAAAGCAGUGAGGUGAACUUCAGGAUUGCUGUGGGAGAGACCAUUGCUCUGCUGUAUGAACUGGGACGGGACAUCGAUCAGGAGUUUGAGUAUGAGGACUGCGAUGCAUUAUGUGACAGUCUAAAGAACUUGGCAACUGAUGGAAACAAACAUCGUGCUAAAAAUGACCGCAGGAAACAACGCUCAAUCUUCAGGGAGGUGCUGCACUACAUAGAGAAUGAAGAUUUCACAGAGGAGAAGAUCCAGUUUGGGAUUGAGGCCAUCUACAUUGAUGGCUGGAUGCGCCACAGGAUUUAUGAUGCCUUUAAGGAAGUGCUUGAGUCUGGAGUCAGACACCACCUACAGUUUAAUCCUUUGUUGAGGGAUAUUUUUGGACUUGGACCUCCUCUCAUCCUGGAUGCGUCUGUCAAAGCCAGCAGGAUCUCCCGCACAGAGAAGCAUCUGUUUAACUCUGCUGCAUUCAAGGCCCGGACUAAAUUAAGGAACAAAGUGAGGGACAAACGUGCCGACGUAAUGUGAGGAUCAAGGCGACAGAGAGAAACACUACAUCCUUAAAAUUCCCACGGCUCACUUGAAAUUAUACUUUGACAUACUGCCAAGCCAGUGACUUGACAAUGGACAUGCGUGCGAGACUGUCUGUCUGUCUGAGUGUGUGUGAGUGUGAAAGGCUGGGUGUGUGUAUGAAGUGUUGUGUUUUUAUUUAACAUCACAGUGUGAAAGCUAGGAAUCCUUAACUUAAACCAACAUGAAAUAUAACAACCUCUUGUAAGGCUGAAUUCAGCUUUUCUGUUGAAACCUGUUUACCUCCCCAAGUCUUUUUGGGAAAAAAAAGAGAAUUUUUAUCAAAACGUCAAAAACUUUUUACAGCUCUGCAGCAAACAAAGAGGCCAAGAAAAAUUUAUUCUUUGUAGAUUUUCUAUAUGCAUUUUAUAAGUGGACUAUGCUGAUGCACCAAUGAUCUGAUGAUGCAAACAAAUGAAAAUACAUAUCUGACUGCAGUUUACCAGUUAGUGUAGACCAUUUUGUUAAACCUCUCACCACCACUAAAUCAACCAUGUUUCACGUCUUAAUUCUACUCCGCUUCUGAAAAGGUUUUUAUUUUAGUUUUUACACCAUUGUACCUUCACCCCAAGCUCAUGUAUGCCCAUUUAGAUCAUGCUUUUAACAAUUCUUUUGAAUUUCUUUCUAAAUAUCCAAAACCACCAUGUCACAAGUUUUCUUUGAAGCAAAUGUACUGUAUGCAGCAGAAUAAAUUACGUAACUAUC